ACUUUGCUUCCAUUGAAGCUCUCUCUCAAACCCCUCCCGUUAUUAUAUAUAUACACACACAUAUAUAUAUUAACAAUUCCAAGAAUCAACUUUAAGAACCCCCAAUUUAGCUUCUUCUAGUAAAAUACACAUAUCCUUUUUGCCUAUUAUAUUCCCAAAUUUUAUACAAACAGUAGACCAUACAUACCUUUCUCUUGUAUACCUUGCCUUUUAAGCACCCCUUUCCUUCAUUUCACCUUUUUCUUCCUUCUCUUCUCUUCUCUUCUCUUCCUUUCACCCCUGAGAAAAUUUGUGUUCUCCAUUUUUGAGAACAUGCUUUAAUGUCCAGGGAAAGGGAGAGAUUUGAUGAGAUAGGCAAAAAGAUCAAGAGAGAAGCAGAUGUUGUUUCAUUUGGAGGUCAUCAUCAUCAAAUAGGAAGAAGGCACAUAAUGGGUUCUCAUGGAACCCUAAAUACCAUUACACCAUGUGCUGCUUGUAAGCUAUUGAGGCGUCGGUGUGCUGAAGAAUGCCCUUUUUCUCCAUAUUUCUCCCCACAUGAACCCCAAAAGUUUGCUUCUGUUCACAAGGUUUUUGGUGCUAGCAAUGUCUCAAAGAUGCUUAUGGAAGUACCAGAGAAUCAACGAGCCGAUGCGGCGAGUAGUCUUGUUUACGAGGCGAACGUAAGGCUAAGAGACCCUGUUUAUGGUUGCAUGGGUGCAAUCUCAGCUUUGCAACAACAAGUUCAAUCUUUACAAGCUGAGAUCAAUGCAGUGAGGGCUGAGAUAAUGAAACACAAGUGUAGGGAAGCUAAUCUUAUACCCUCUCCUUCUCAUUUAGCCUUGCUAUCUUCCGGGGCUGUUUCGAUCGCCGCACCACCACCAAUGCCACUGCCACAACCUACCACGGCUGCAGACUAUAACACUAUAUCGGAUGAAAACGUUACCUAUACUUUGGAUAACAAGUAUUACAUAGACAAGUACUGAAAUUUAAACAAUAUACCCAUUUUUUUUUCUUUAUUACAAAGCAAAUGAAAUAAAAACAAAUGAGUAUUAGUUUCAUUGCUUCUUUUUUUCUCACACAAAUAUGCCUUUUACCUAUAA